AUGCCUAAUAACAAACCUUUGGCAGAGAAGAGAGCUGCUCACCUGUUAAGGAAGUUGAGAGAUCCUGAAUUUCACAAGGAGUAUACAAAGUUUAUGGAUGACAUGUUCGAUAGGGGUUAUGCUGAGAAAGUGCCUGUAGAAAAGAACGAAGGACGUGAAGCCCAUAACAUGUGGUUUAUACCUCAUCACGGAGUGUUUCAUAAACAGAAACAUAAGUUGCGUGUAGUGUUUGAUUGUGGCGCCAGGUAUGGUGGCAAGUCACUUAAUGAUGAAUUGUUACAGGGACCUGACCUGACUAGUUCUCUUGUUGGGGUAUUAAUCAGAUUCCAAGAAGAACCGGUAGCAUUGACAGCAGAUAUUGAAUCCAUGUUCUAUCAGGUCCGGGUACCAGAAAAGGACCGGGAUAUGUUGAGGUUUCUAUGGUGGCCAAAUGGCAAUGUCGACCAGCCUUUGGAAGAAUAUAGAAUGGCCGUCCACGUUUUUGGAGCGGUAUCUUCUCCAUCGUGUGUCAACUACGCUUUACACAAGGCAGCAGAGAAUGCUAAAGGGCGGUACCAAAAGGCAGUUUGCGAUACCAUAUGUAGAAACUUUUACGUCGAUGAUUAUUUGGUGUCUGUACCAACAAAUGCUGAAGCAAUACUCCGUGCGAAGGACACAAGGAAUCUUUGUAAAGAAAAUGGCUUUAGAUUGACCAAGUGGAUGAGUAAUGAACGAGAGGUGAUAGAGUCUAUUCCCAUCUGUGAAAGAGCCAAAAAUGUAAAGGAUGUUGACUUGACGAUAUUACCUACCGAAAGGACGUUGGGUGUUCUUUGGUCGGCUGAAUCAGAUGAGUUCAGAUACAAGAUUAAUUUGUCAACUAAGCCAACUACUAGAAGAAGGGUGUUAUCUACGUUAGGCUCGAUAUAUGAUCCCCUAGGUUAUGUCUCGCCUGCAAUUCUCCCAGCAAAACAAAUACUUCAGGAACUUUGUCGUAAGAAACUGGGUUGGGAUGCACAGAUACCUGAUGAAGAAUCGAAGAGGUGGUCGAAAUGGACAUCGGAAGUCGGUGAUCUGGAAAGAUUCAGGAUAAGCAGGUGUUUGAAACCGCAUGGAUUUGGAAGUCAAAUCUCUGCACAGAUGCACCAUUUCUCGGACGCCAGCGAGCUCGGUUAUGGAACGGCAUCGUACAUUAGGUUUUUGAACAAAAAUGGUGAUGUUCAUUGUCGGCUAAUUCUUGUCAAGUCAAGAGUUGCUCCGUUAAAAAUUGCUACAAUUCCCAGAAUGGAACUCACUGCUGCUGCUUUAGCAGUCAGAGUAGAUGCCAUGUUGCGAAGAGAGCUUCAGAUGCCAGUUAUUGAGUCACAAUUUUGGAUGGAUAGUACCACGGUGUUGAGUUACAUUAAAAGUGACACGGCUAGAUUUCAUACAUUUGUUGCUAACCGUGUAGACCUUAUUAGAGAAGCUUCUGCGCCAAGUCAAUGGGGGCACGUGAGGACUGCAUGUAAUCCCGCAGAUGUUUGCUCUAGGGGAACGUCGAUGAAGAGGUUUCUGGAGAGCGAAAGAUGGAUUAAAGGUCCAAAAUUCCUGUGGCAGGACGAGAGUGAAUGGUAUGAGAAAGACAUAGGACAGUUUACCCUGAAGAAUACUGAUCCAGAACUGAAAUGCGUCCUGGUUACAGAAGUUAAACCCGUUGAUCCCUUAAGCCGAGCGAUUGAGCGUUGCUCGUCAUGGAGCAAGCUAAAAAGGUCCAUUGCCUGGAUCAUGGUGGGAAUGCGAAACUUGCAAAUGCGUGUUGCUGUUCGCAAGGGAAGAUUACCAGAAGGGCAGAAACAGCAUGAAAAUCUAUCAGUUCAAGAUAUGAGGAGGGCGGAGGAAGCAUUGGUAAGGUUCGUUCAGAAAGAGCAUUGGCCAAACGACAUUGCUUCACUUCAUAAGAAAUCAUCAUCGCUUAGGAGUCUUGAUCCGGUCAUAAAGAAUAAAUUAUUGUGUGUCGGUGGUAGACUCCAAAGAGCAAACAUUGACGUUAUGUCUAAACAUCAAGUUCUAUUACCAAGAAACUCUCAUGUAUCAAGGUUGAUACUUCGAGAUAUUCACGAGACAAAUGGACACCUAGGUAAAAACCAUAUAUUAGCAAAACUGCGACAGCAGUAUUGGAUUGUAGGUGCACCAUCCUUAAUAAAGCAGAUCACCUCAAAGUGUGUGGUUUGUAGAAGGUACCAGCCAUCAGUUGGUCAACAGAAGAUGGCAGAUUUGCCUAUAGAGCGGGUACGUGUGGGGAACCCUCCGUUUCAUGACACUGGAAUGGACUACUUCGGGCCGUUCGAGGUCAAGCGUGGCCGAACUACUGUGAAAAGAUACGGAGUGCUGUUUACGUGCAUGGCUAGUCGUGCUGUUCACUUAGAAGUCGCACACACUCUCGACACUGCUUCAUGUAUUAACGCAAUUAAACGAUUUACUGCACGACGAGGGAAUGUGAGUAGUAUCAGGUCAGAUAAUGGAACCAACCUGGUAGGAGCCGAACGUGAACUUAGAGAGUCUUUACAUAAAUGCAAUCAGCAGGAGAUGCAAAUGAAAUUAAUGAAGAAAGGAAUUAACUGGUAUUUCAAUCCACCUACAGGGUCGCAUCAUGGUGGGAUUUGGGAAAGGAUUAUUCGAAGCGUAAGAAAGAUUUUGUAUGGGUUGAUGAAGGAACAAAACAUCAAGUUGAAUGAUGAGUCGCUGCAAACACUUUUUUGUGAAGUUGAAGAAAUUCUAAACGGGAGGCCACUAACGGAGAGCCCAAAUAGUCCCAACGAUUUGGAUGUGCUGACGCCAAAUCAUCUGUUACGUUUAAAUGCAGAGCCGGUUCUUCCAGCAGGAGUAUUUACGAGAGAUGAUACCUAUUCUACUCGAUGCUGGAGACAAAUUCAAUAUCUUGCCGAUGUUUUCUGGCGACGUUGGGUCAAUGAAUACUUUCCGAUGUUGCAGCAAAGACAAAAAUGGACACGUCCUAAGCGCAAUCUGGUCGUUGGAGAUGUUGUAUUGGUGAUGAAUCAAGGUCCAAGAAAUAUGUGGAUGCUUGGUCGUGUAACAGAAGUUUAUAAUGAUCAUAAAGGGUUCGUUAGGUCUGUUAAAGUGAGGACUGAGAAUUCAUCAUUGAUUCGUCCUGUCACUAAACUAUGUCUAUUGGUUGAGUGUGAUAAUGCUAAUAAUUCAGAUUCAUAA